AUAAAAUGUGAGAGCGUGAAUCAGGUCUAAUGAACAAAGGACUAUGUUGUCUUAUCCUUAGUAUAUAAGGCUAGAAAAAUAUUUACUUCGGAGUUUUCGAACAAACGAUGGGACUACAUAGCGUGGUUAUUCUUGUCGCACUCGGAGUAGCCUGGCUGGCUCAAUCUACGCUAGCUGGCGUGUGUAAUGCACGAACCACUGUGAUACAAGUAAAAGUACCUAAUCGAACCAAUGUAACGGUCAAGUGCCCUAAUAAAAUAAAAGAUCCAAUAACGUUCGUGCCAUUUAGUAGGGGUCCAUGCUACCAGUGCCAAGGAUCAACAUGUCAACUAUGCAAGAGCUUUAACCCAGUGGCUCCUUCUGGAAACUUUGCACGAGGAUCAAGAACUAACAUUAUUAUAGACUUUGUCAAGAAUAAUAAGCCAAACAAACCAUCGAAUAAUGAAACUAUAACCAAUAAAACUGAUGAUACCUUACUUAUUGUGCAAGACAAAUCUACAACAAAUAGUUCUAGUAAAGCUUUUGCUCAAGGAGCUGACGGGACGAGCACUGCAGCGGCAUCGUCUUCUACAAAUUCUAUGUCCAAUUCUGCUAUGAUUGUCGCUAUGAGUAGUGAUUCAUCUAAUGGUGAUAAACCAUCUAAGCAAAGUAUCUAUGUGGAAGAUGAUACAACGUCUACUUCUAGCGCAGAUGCAUCUGUAAAUAGUAACUCUGAUACAUCUUCUACGCCACAACAACCGGCUUCGCCUCCACCGCCACAGACACAGCAGCCUGAGUCAGUUCCUCCAGCAGCGACACCACAGGAAUCUGCUCCAGCUCAACCACUCCAACAGCCGCAGAUAUCUCCACAACCAGAACAACCAGCUCCAACACCCGAGCAGCCUUCACAACCAAAUACAUCUAAUCCAGAACAACAAACAACAGCAGGACAAUCAACUGCCCCAGUUCAAUCCAGUCCAGAGCAACCAAAAAAUAAGCCAGCAAAACAACCACCUAAACAAGCACCCGAACAAGCAUCCAACAAACCAGCACCCGCGCAACAAGCACCUGAAACCCCAGCGCCCACAAACCCGGCGCCUCAACAACCAGCACCCGAACAACCAGAAGUACCAGCGCCCGUACAACCAGUGCCUGAACAACCAACUCCAGAGCAAAAGCCCAGCAAUACAACCACAACAGCAACGGCGACAGCAGUAGCAAUAACGGAAAACAACUAAAUUAUUUAUUUAUAAAAAAUUAAAAAUAUACCUUUUUUAUUUUAUGUUAUACCUAACUCUUCUUUGUGACUAAUUAAAUAUUAUUAUUUAAUAAAUCAUAAAAGUA